AUGUCUAUCAGAUUAUCCUUGAACCGGGUAUCCAGACGUGCUUGCUCAAGCCCCUCUGCUCACCUCCUACCACAAUUCGGACAAAGACGGUAUCUCGCAACGCCAGUGCCGCCAGUCACGCAGGAUGCGACCGGUUCAAAGGGCCCGACAGCUAUGGUCUUCCUGAACAUGGGUGGUCCCUCCACAACGGACGAAGUCGGUGAUUUUCUGAGCCGGCUUUUUUCGGAUGGCGACCUGAUACCCUUGGGAAGACUUCAAUCCUAUAUUGGCCCUCUACUCUCCAAACGCCGAACGCCGAAGAUCGAGAAGCAAUAUGCCGAGAUUGGUGGCGGUUCACCAAUUCGCAAGUGGUCGGAGUAUCAGAAUGCUGAGAUGUGUAAAAUUCUCGACAAGAUAUCUCCGGAGACAGCGCCACAUAAACCCUAUGUGGCCUUCCGCUACGCAAACCCAUUGACGGAGGAAAUGUAUAGCCAGCUGCUUGCGGAUGGCUUUGGCAAUGGGAAAGGUGGACGGGCUGUUGCCUUUACUCAGUAUCCCCAAUACUCAUGCUCUACGACUGGCAGCAGUUUAAAUGAGCUGUGGAAAUGGAGGCACCGGCUUGAAGGAAAGAGCGCUGGCAUCAAUGAUGGCACUAUCAACUGGAGUGUGAUCGAUCGAUGGCCGGCUCACCAUGGAUUGGUGGAGGCUUUUGCUCAAAACAUCGAGGCCAAGUUGGCCGAAUAUCCAGAAGAGCGACGGAAGGAUGUCGUCUUGCUUUUCUCUGCGCACAGCCUACCGAUGUCUGUUGUCAAUCGAGGUGACCCUUACCCUGCCGAGGUAGCAGCAACAGUGUAUGCUGUGAUGCAGCGGCUCAAGUUUUCGAAUCCUUACAGACUCUGUUGGCAAUCACAAGUUGGGCCCUCGGCAUGGCUCGGCCCGCAAACCUCGAAUACCGUGGAGGACUAUAUCAAGAAGGGACAGAAAGACUUGGUCCUCAUUCCUAUCGCCUUCACAUCUGACCACAUUGAAACACUAUACGAACUUGACCUGGAGGUCAUCGGGGAGUGUGGUCAUACAGAUACGGUGAAGCGGGCAGAGAGCCUGAAUGGAAGUCCUGUGUUCAUCCAGGCUUUAGCAGAUGUUGCGAAGGAGCACUUAAGCACCGGAUCGGCCACCUCUCAGCAACUAGGCCUCCGAUGUCCUGCUUGCAAGAGCGAAAGAUGCUCCGAGACUAAGAAAUUUUUUGCUGGCCAGCAGGAGAAGGUGUUCUCUCAAAUAGCGUAA